AUGGCUGAAACAGAAGCAAUCGAGCAAGCUUUGGCCGUGCGCGACCUCGGAGCGCUGCGAGACCUCGCCUUCCAGCCCGGUGGCUAUGGACAAGACGAUGGUUUAAGGCUGCACUGCUGGGGCGCGCUCGUCGGCGUCGAUUUCGAAUCGCUCCCGCCGCUCGACGUCGCGUCAGCCGCGGAGACCUCGUCGCACGGUGAUCGCAGCACUGUGGCCAAGGACGUGAAUCGCAGCCUCUGGGCGGCGGGCGAGCGCCGCGGCUGGAGCGAGAAGGUGCGCAAUAAGCGGCGAAGGGCGCUAGCUCGGGUGGUUAAUGCGACUUUUGAUGAGUCGCAGCACUACUACCAGGGAUUCCACGACGUCGCGGCGGUCGUCCUGGACGUCUCGGGUUUCCAUCCGGCUGGUGAGCGGAGAGCCCUCGCUAUCUGCAGGGCGCUCGCUCGCAGAAGACUCUCUGAUGCGUGCAAGAAAGACUUCGCCGACGUGUCGACGGCGCUCAAGCUACUACCUCCCUUGAUCCAUGCACUCGACGGUGAGCUGGGGCAAAUACUAUUCCGCCCUCACGAUCCCGAGUUCGCGCUGCUCCUCGAACCGCUCUGGGCGCUGUCGUGGGCCGUGACGCUCUUCGCGCACAACGUCGACGAUCGCGCUUCCCUGUUCGUGCUCUGGGACCGCUUGCUUGCGGCGCCGCCGUGCUUUUCGCUCUACGUAGGCGCAGCGCUCGUGGCACACAAUCGCGAGUCACUCAUCGCGACCGCGAUGGAAGACGACGCCGCGCCGUUUCUCCACGGCGCGCUGUCGAAGCUGCCUGGCUUGACGUCAGGGCCUGCGGCGUGGGACGCCAUCGCCACGUCCGCGCGACGGCUCCUCUCCACGACGCCGCCGGCACGCGCGGUCGCGCGGGCACCGCGGCGCCUUCGCAGUUACCUUAUACCGGUCCGCGACGUCGUCCGGACUCCGUACUUCGGGCGCGCGGCGCCCGACGGACCCGUGUUGCUCAGCGUUGCCUCAUCGGCGCCGGACGCCGCGCCGCCGAGACGCCGCAAUCGGCGCCGGCGCCGCCGCGACGACCAGCCUCUUGCUAUUGUGCCGGCGCGACGACAGCGCGUCGUCAUCGCGCGGCGCUUUUCGGUGGCCGUCGCCCUCGCCGCCAUUCUCGGCGGGCUCGUGACAGAGAAUGCCUUGUUGCGGGCUUUUCUCGAGGACCCGACGACAUGGUGGCGGGCGCUCGUGCAGAAUCUCCUGACCUAGUCUGUGUUUAAACAUGUGUUAGUUA